AUGUUCACCCCAGCCGCAAAACGAAGAAGGGUAGAUGUUGCCAACGAGACGCUUCGGAAACCCUUCAAGUCACCCAUGGUGCGGGACCGGGAGGCGGGACCCGACACCGCCGCCGAGGAUGGUGCAGCACCAUCUCCGCCACCGAAGCCGAACUGGGAGACCCGUGCGGACUCGGACUCGGGUGCAGGUCCGGGUAGCACAACGGCCGCGUCGGUUGCCACGAGGCCGCGACCAGUUGGGCUUCAGGCCGUGACGCCGGCGAAGCAGAUGGGCGCACCCUCGCGCCGGCCGUUCAGUGUGCCACGGCCACAGUUACAUCCGGGGGCGUCUCCUUCGCCAACAAGGGGGGUUCUUCACGGAACUGGGUCGGUCGCAAAGGGCGGAGCUUCGAUGCCGGGCAGUAGUAAGGUCACGAGGGAGGCCGAGGGCAGAGAGGAGAUCAUCCGGCAGGCUGGCCGGAUCCGCAGCGCGGGCGAGGGCGAGACGGACGAGGAGCUUGUGGGGUUGAUUGAGAAGUGGAGGGCGGCGGGCCGGAUCGCGGCGGAGGAAGUGUUUGAGGGUUCUCGGGAGAGGGUGGAAGGGAUGGGCGGAUUGAAGGGUAUGAGGAAAGCUCAGAGGGAAGACGGUGUCCGAUUUGCGAAGAGGAUGCGCGAGGAAGAGAAGCAUGACGAGGAAAGGCGCCGUGGGAGAGUUGAUGCGGAUGGAUAUGUUGAGGAGGAGGGGGAGAGGGAGCAGUCGCCUCGGGAGUUGAGAGUUAAUGAUGAUGGAGGUGAGGUGUGUGAAGAUGAUGAGGAGGUCGAGGUGAGUACUACGAGAACCGGGGACGGGGAGGAGCGAGGCGCUAACGACAGACAGGAGUUCACCAUGGGCACAAUGCUCAGGAGCAUGAACAUCGACUUUGACAUCAUUGGAUACGAUGAGGACGCCGGAUGGUGGAGAGACGGGUGA